CUGUCAACUUUGUUUUCUUUUGCUUUGUGUUGUGUGGCUCAGGACAAAGAGGGAGAGAUAUUAUAGCCGAUUGAAUUAUUGAAGAGCACUAAAGUCUUUGUCGCCAGGAAUCUGAAUUCGUUGAUUUUCAUAAGCGAUCAGAUCAACGGAAACAAGUUCCUUCAUCUUCAUGAUCAUCUGAAAACUUCAAUUGAUGCACUAUACGAUAUAUGGUUUCAGGUUCAACACUUUGUGCAGUUUUAAGCUCGAGAGCUCAAGCUUCCAGGGAACUACUCCUUAAUCUUAAUUGGAUUAAAGUUUUCAACUUCAAUUGAAACCUGAUCCUCGGAAGCAAGUGUCCUCAAGAUCUGACGACUUCCAUCUGUGACUACUUGUGAGUCUUGAUUGGUAUUGCUCAACGGAUCAAACUUCCAAUUCAAGAAACUAUGGCGGGAGAGGCUUUUCUUGUGGCAUUCCUCCAAGUGCUGGUUGACAAGUUGGCGCAUCGAGAGGUCUUCAAGUACUUUGGACUCGUAAAGGGCGUCGAUCAAAAACUGAAGAAAUGGAGUGGCACCUUGUCUGCUAUUGGAGCAGUGCUGAAUGACGCCGAGGAAAGGCAACUGACGGCUGAGAGCAACGCACUGAAGCUCUGGCUCGAUGAUCUCAGGGACUUGGCUUUUGAUGCGGAAGACGUGUUGGAUAAAUGUCAUGCUAAAAUGUUGAAACGUCAGAUACAACAUGCUCAUCCCAGCACAACAAGCAAAGCAUGGAAAUCAAUUCCUAAUCGUGUUUCCAAAUUCAAAACAAGAAGCAAAGCAUGGAUAUCAAUUCCUAAUCGUGUUUCCAACUUCAAAAUGAACUCGGAAAUACAGAAGAUUACCAAGCGAUUACAAGAGAUAUCCGAACGAAAAGACCAGCUUGGUUUGAGAAUUGAUACUGUGACGUCGACUAUAAGGGCACGCCAAAACAUAUCCCCUAGUUCCAGUCAACCAGAUGGACCUGUGAUUGGAAGGGAUGAGGACAAAAGGCAGAUUGUUGAGCUGCUGUCGAAACAAGAGCAUCGUGCUGCCAAUUUCGAUGUAGUUGCAAUUGUUGGUAUGGCUGGAGUCGGAAAGACAACACUUGCUGGACAAGUACUCAAAGAUAUGGUUGCAACUCAAACGUUUCAACCAGCUGUUUGGGUGUGCGUAUCUGACGACUUCAACCUUGGAAGAGUGACAAAGCAAAUUCUUGAAUCAAUCACAUCUCGGCCAUGUGCGACAGAAGAUUACAAUAAGGUUCAAGAUGAUUUGUAUAAGGAGUUAGCGGGGAAGAAGUUUUUAAUUGUUUUAGAUGAUGUUUGGAAAACGUGUAGCUACGGUGAUUGGAUGAAGCUGCGGUCCCCUUUUCGUGAUGGAGCACAAGGAAGCAAGAUAAUUGUGACAACACGUGAUACAGAUGUUUCAAAAAUGAUGGGAGCUGCCAAGCUGGUUCACAAUUUGGAGCCCAUGGAAAAUGAUGUUUGUUUGCAAGUAUUUGAGCAGCAUGCAUUCUUAAAUUCUAACAACGACAAACCACCAAAUUACGAGUUACUUAAGAAGAAAAUUGUCGCAAAGUGUAGGGGAUUGCCUUUGGCCGCGAGGACCCUCGGUGGUGUUCUACUUCUUAAAGAAACAUACGAAUGGGAAGAAAUAUUGAACAACAAACUGUGGAGUCUAUCAAAUGAGCAUGACAUACUUCCAGUAUUGAGGUUAACCUACUUUUAUCUUCCUUCACAUUUGAAAAGAUGCUUUGCCUAUUGCUCAAUACUUCCAAAUGACUAUGAAUUCGAAGAGAAGAAAAUGAUCCUUCUAUGGAUGGCCGAGGGCUUUAUUCUUCCCCGACCAGAAGAUAAUAAGCAAAUUGAAGAUUUAGGUGCUGAUUAUUUUCAGGAGCUCGUAUCUAGGUCAUUGUUUCAAAAAUCAACCGAAAAUAUUUCAAAAUAUGUGAUGCAUGACCUCAUUGGUGAUUUAGCACGAUGGGCAGCUGGAGAAAUUUGUUUUAGAUUGGAGGAUAAGCAAAACGAUGAUGGUGUACAACUUAGAUGUUUUCCGAAGGCACGCCACUCGUCUUACAUCAAAGGUAAUUAUGAUGGAGUUAAAAGAUUUGAGGCAUUUUCUGAAGUGAAAUGUUUGCGAACCUUCCUGCCAGUAGGCAAGGAUUAUGUUUGGGGUUAUUUAAGUCGUCAGGUUACUUUUGAUUUAUUGCCAAAAUUGCAAUACUUGCGGGUGCUCUCUUUUAAGCGCUAUAAAAUAACUGAGCUGCCAAACUCAGUCGGUGAUUUAAGGUAUCUACGGUAUCUCGACCUUUCUUACACGUUGAUUACCAGUUUACCUAAAUCAACAAGCACCCUUUACAACCUGCAGACAUUGAUAUUGAAAGGUUGUUAUAAGUUGAAGUCAUUGCCUGCAGACAUGAGUAAUCUAAUUAAUUUGCGCCAUCUCAACAACUCAGGUGCAUCUUGGUGGAAAGGAAUGCCUCCAAAACUAGGUAAAUUGGUGAAUCUCCAAUCUUUGCCUAAUUUUGUGGUGAGUGGUGGUAGUAAUCAAUCAGGGAUAAGAGAGAUAGAGUUCUUGAUGCAUCUCCGAGGGACAUUGUGCCUCUCAGGAUUGGAGAAUGUGACUGACGUCGAGGACGCUCGGAGGGCCAACUUAAAAUGCAAGGAGAGGCUUGAUUCGUUGGUCCUAGAAUGGUCUCAUUCAAGCGACACAAGAGAAACGGAAUCCGAUGUGCUUGACAUGUUACAGCCUCAUACAAAGAUCAAAGAGCUCACCAUCAAGAGAUAUGCCGGAAAGAAAUUUUCAUCAUGGGUGGGAUGUCCUUUGUUCUCUAAUAUGGUGCUUGUGCGCUUACAGGGAUGCAACAAAUGUUUGUCGUUGCCACCCCUCGGACAAUUGCCUCAUCUCAAAGAACUUUAUAUUGGAGGAAUGAAUGCAGUGGGAAGUGUUGGUCCUGAGUUUUAUGGAGAGUGUAUCUUGCCGUUUCCGCUAUUAGAGAUUCUUGAGUUUGUGGAUAUGCAGCAUUGGAAGGAAUGGCUUCCUUUCCAAAUGGAUCACGGAAGUGGUGUUUUCCCUUGCCUGAAAAGGCUUUCAAUCAAAAAAUGUUCUAAGUUGGAAGGUAAGCUGCCAGAGAACCUUGAUCUGUUAGCUGAGCUUGAAAUUUUUAAAUGCGAGGAAUUGGUGGUUUCGAUUGCCAACUACAAACAACUUCGUCAAAUAAACAUUAAGGGUUGUAAAGCGUUGGUGCAUACAGCUGCUAAGGUUGAGUUUGAGUUAUUAGAGUCCUUGCGUCUUUCAAACAUUUCAGAGCUGAGGUCUCUGCAAACAGGGGAAUUGUGCAAAAAGGGAUUAACCAAGGUUAGAGAAUUGAAGAUUAAUGGAUGUAAGGAGCUGAAGUCAUCAUUGAAGAAUGAGGCUGGAUUAUUGCAGCAGUUGACUUCUCUUGGCCGUUUGAAGAUCAAAGACAACUCUCCUCUAGUUGAAGAAUUGGGAAAAGAAGCAAAGGAGUUGCAAAUAUUGGAGUGCAGGAUUGAAUGUCUGGAGUUAAUCAAGUGCGAAAAUCUUUUAAAGCUACCGAAAGGGUUAAAUCAGUUGUCGUCUCUUCAAGAUCUUCGCUUACACAAAUGUUCACGUCUAGCUUCUUUUCCAUAUGUUGGUCUGCCACCUUCUCUUAAAGACAUCAAGAUUACCGAGUGUCAUUCGUUGAUAUAUUUGGCAAAUUUUCAGAUUCCCCAAAAUCUCAGAAGAAUAGAGAUAAGUGAUUGCAAAAGUUUGAAAUCACUAGUAGAUGAGGAGGAUGUUAGUUCUUGGUCGUCUUCUUGUCUUGAGCACUUGAUUAUCCGGAGAUGUCAAUCUCUGACGUCGUUAUCAUUGAGUGGCCGGCUUCUCAGUACACUUAAACACCUUGAGAUGAUUGGUUGUGAACAACUGGAGCUAAUCGCAGAGGACGGGUUCUUCGGCGACAACACCAAUCACUGCCUUGAAUAUAUUUGGAUCUGGGAUUGCCCAAAUCUGAAAUCCUUACCGGAUGGCUUAUGCCACCUCAGCAAUCUUCAAGAGCUAUACAUUCAAGAAUGUGGAAGUCUUGUUUCCAUCCCGAGACUGAGUGGGGGGAGAAGACCCUCCAACCUGAGAUAUAUCCGGAUCACAGAUUGCAAGAAAUUGGAGGUGUUGCCCGCAGACAUGCACAAUCUCAACUCUCUUGAGGAUUUGUUGAUCGACUACCGUGAAGGUUUGGCUUUUCCUCCCAACCUCACAUCACUUACAAUUUGGAAGGUCAAGAGCUGUAAGUCAUUGUGGGAGUUGGAGUGGGGGUUGCACAGACUCACCUCUCUUAGAAAUUUGUGGAUCAGUGGUGAAGACCCGGAUACGGUGUCGUUUCCACCCGACAUGGUCCGGAUGGAGACGCUUCUUCCCAAAUCUCUCACUCAACUCGAAAUAGGUGGCUUCCCGAAUCUGAAGAAACUGAGCAGCAAGAGCUUUCAAUUCCUCACCUCCCUUCAAUCUCUUGAAUUCGUGGGUUGUCCAAAGCUAGCAUCCAUUCCAGAGGAGGGUCUGCCUCCUUCACUAGAGGAAUUAGUCAUCAAAUGGUGUCCAGUGCUAGAAGAGAGAUGCCAACCAGGAAAAGGACGCUACUGGCACAAAAUAUCCCACAUUCCUCACAUAGAGUUAUAAUUUUAGAGCAUUGCAUGCUUCUUCGCUUUGGGAGUCCAGUGGCUGACACAGUAGAGUUGGUUCUGUCCUGCUUUGGGAGCGAUUCUUUGACGACAGCAAUGGCUGUUUCUAGGCCAAGCUUUCUUCUCCCAAGUUUUGAGUUUUUCUCACUGGGUUUUCUCCGGGCAACAUUGAUUUGUAAUUCAAGUGUGCUACUCUUUCUCCCAAGUUUGGAGUUUUUCCCACUGGGUUUUCUCCGAGCAAGAUUUUAACGAGGUCAUUUAAUCCUAAUCAUUUGUAAUUCCUCCCCUUGACGGAAUGAUUGUGACUUGUGAAGCUAGUAAUGCAUUUAAUUUAAU